AUGGAAACUGCAACUGAAAACCCAGACAUCAAAUGUUACUACUGCAUUUGCUCACAAUUUAUACUGGCAAUAACACCAGGAUUAGAUGUUCUGCCUCGACGUAAUGCACAGGUAUCUGAGGACAAAAGUAUUGUCAUUUCUCGCAAGCGUGACCAGUGUGUUUUUAGUCUGGAUGCAUAUCGUGACAAGUACCCCUUACUAGUUACCAAUAAAAAUAAAGAAGAAGUCUGGUGGGUUUAUAAAUGCCCAAGAUGCAAAUUGCCCAUUGGCUACGAUCUUGAAAAUUCCAGUCAACAGUAUACCUUCAUUUUAAAUGGAGCACUACACGAAGAACCUUCAGAAGAUCAGGUAACUAAUAAGGAAUCAUGA